AUGGCCGAGCUGCUCUGGAGCCUGCAGGAUUCCCAGCUCGUCGCCCGCUUCCAGCGCCGCUGCGGGCUCUUCCCCGCGCCGGAUGAAGGCCCCAGCGAGAACGGCGCGGGCCCCGCGGACGGCGAGGCGCUGACGCCGGGGCUCGGGCAUCUCCCCGCCGCCAAAGGCAAGGGCGCCGGGGAGCCGGCCAAUGGGCUGCGGAGACUGGCGGCCCCGCAGGCUUAUGUACAGAAGUACAUCGUGAAGAAUUAUUUCUACUAUUACCUGUUCCGAUUUUCAGCUGCUUUGGGACAAGAAGUGUUCUACAUCACAUUCCUUCCAUUCACUCACUGGAAUAUAGAUCCUUAUUUGUCCAGAAGACUGACCAUCAUAUGGGUUCUGGUGAUGUAUAUUGGCCAGGUAACCAAAGAGAUCUUGAAGUGGCCCCGCCCCUUCUCCCCUCCUGUCGUGAAACUCGAGAAGAGAGUGAUUGCUGAAUAUGGGAUGCCGUCCACCCACGCCAUGGCAGCCACGGCCAUCUCCUUCACCCUCCUUAUCUCUAGCAUGGACAGGUACCAGUAUCCCUUUGUUUUGGGACUGAUGAUGGCUGUGGUGUUUUCCACGUUGGUGGGUCUCAGCCGACUUUAUACUGGGAUGCACACGGUCCUGGAUGUGCUGGGCGGCAUCCUGAUCACCACCAUCCUCAUUGUCCUCACGUACCCCGCCUGGACCCUUAUCGAUCGCCUGGACUCGGCCAGCCCCCUCCUCCCCGUGUGUGUCCUGGUGGUGCCGUUCUUGCUCUGUUAUAACUACCCCGUGUCUGAUUACUACAGCCCGACCAGAGCGGACACCACCACCAUCCUGGCUGCUGGGGCUGGGGUGACCAUAGGCUUCUGGAUCAACCAUUUUUUCCAGCUCGUGUCUGAGCCCACGGCAUCUCUCCCUGUUAUUCAGAACAUCCCGCCGCUCACCACUGAGCUGUUAGCUGUGGGUCUGGCCAAAUUCACUGUGGGAAUUGUGCUGAUCCUCCUGGUCCGUCAGCUUGUACAGAAGCUCUCGCUGCAAGUCUUGUACUCCUGGUUCAAGGUGGUCACCAGAAACACGGAGGCCAGGCGGAGACUGGAAAUCGAAGUGCCUUACAAGUUUGUCACCUACACGUCUGUUGGCAUCUGUGCUACCACCUUCGUGCCGAUGCUCCACAGGUUUCUGGGACUACUCUGA